UGCAUUUUUCGUGACUACACCUGAUGAUUUUAGAACAAUAAAUAAAAAAAGAAUACUUAUUUUUUCGCUGGUAGAAUUCGCUUUUUUAAACUUUUUUAAAAUUUUAUUACCUGGAUUUUAUAUUGGUUGGCAGCUGACUCGGAAUCAUCAUGUGGGGUCAAUAUCUCCGGAUAAGGUUCCAAAUUCUGAAACGACGACCAAAAACCUUGCUUCCCAUCGCAGCAGCGUUUUUUAUUUUAAUUCUUCUUGUUUGGACGUUUGGAGUGGAUUUGAUUGUACGAGAAACGCCAUAUUCACAAUUUACGUAUCCAUUGGCCGUCAGCAAUGAAGAUUUCUACAAAAUCGUGACUAACUUCCGACACAAAACCCGCACCGCUUUCACCCCAACGAAUCAAUAUUACUCCAAAAUAGCAAUUACCCCAAGUAAAACUACCUUCGGAUGUGAAAAUGACCACUUCUUCUUCCUCAUCCUGGUUAAAUCUGCGCCUCAAAAUGCCGAAAAUCGCGACGCCAUCAGAUCCACAUGGAAAAAAGAGGUGUUCGGAAUUUCCACAAAGACGCUAUUUUUCAUCGGCAACUCGAACAAUGGAGUCCACCAGGAGGCUUCCCUGAUUCUUGAAGAGGAACGCUUCCAAGACAUCGUCCGACUCCAGUAUGACGACACGUAUUACAACAAUACCAUCAAAACGGUGGUCGAGAUGCGAUUUGCGGCCGAAAUUUGUCCCAAUUUUAACUACGUCAUCUUACUUGAUGACGAUUACUACUUUUCGGUCCGACAACUGCGACAAUUCACGGAGGAACAGGAUCGAGAAAGGCUUUAUGCGGGACAUGUCCAGUUCCCGAAGCCUGUGCGGUUUCGAGUUAAUAAUAAAUUUUUCAUCGACUUGGACGAAUACCCUUUCGAUUAUUUUCCAAGAUUUGUCAACGCUGGAAACAUUCUGCUGUCUAAAUCGGCCCUUUUGGACAUUUACUACGCGACAUUUUUCGUAACCCCGUUUCGCUUUGAUGACGUCUAUGUGGCCAUCUGCGCCAAGAAAAUGGGGAUCGAACCAGUUCAUUCGGAUCGCUUUAUACGUUUGAGAGAAAAUGGGGAUCAACCGAGGGAAGGCUUGAUUGCGGCGCAUGGCUACCCUCCAGAACGACUGAGAAUGUAUUGGGAAGUCCAAAAAGAGGCUGGAUUCGUUUAACGUUUUCCAAUGGGGACGCAAACCAUUUGGUUUUCUUACUUCAAUUCAUUCAACAUUUUAAAAAGCUAACGUUGUUAUUUAUUUAUAUUAUGAAAAUUAUCUUAUAAACAGUUUACAUAUUAUUUUAGAUAAACGUACGUAUGUAACAAUUAAAAAUGACUAAAAA